CGCGCGGCGCGCAGGCGCAGUGCGGUGCGGGCGGCGCGCGGCCAUGGCGGCGCGGGGCGGGGGCCUGUGGCUGGCGCUGCUCUGGCUCUCGGCGGCGCUGCUGCCCCGCGGCGCCCGCGGCUCGGAGCCCGCCGGGCCGGCGGAGCCGUCGGGCGGCGCGGGCCCCGGGGAGCGGUUUAAGAUCGAGGGCCGGGCCGUGGUGCCCGGGGUGAAGCCGCAGGACUGGAUCGCGGGGGCCCGGGUGCUGGUGGACGGGGAGGAGCACGUCGGCUUCCUGAAGACAGAUGGAAGUUUUGUGGUUCAUGAUGUACCUUCAGGAUCUUAUGUCGUAGAAGUUAUAUCCCCUGCUCAUAAAUUUGAGCCCGUGCGAGUUGACAUAACUUCAAAAGGCAAAAUGAGAGCAAGAUAUGUGAAUUACAUCAAACCCUCUGAAGUUGUCAGGCUGCCAUACCCACUCCAGAUGAAAUCUUCUGGACCACCCUCAUACUUUAUAAAGAGAGAAUCUUGGGGAUGGACAGAUUUCCUCAUGAAUCCUAUGGUGAUGAUGAUGGUUCUUCCAUUGCUGAUAUUUGUGCUUUUGCCUAAAGUUGUUAACACCAGUGAUCCUGAUAUGAGGCGGGAAAUGGAGCAGUCAAUGAACAUGCUGAAUUCCAACCAUGAGCUGCCAGAUGUGUCUGAAUUCAUGACAAGACUUUUCUCUUCAAAAUCUUCCAGCAAGUCUGGUGGUAGCAGCAGUAAAGCAGGGAAAAGUAGUUCUGGAAAAAGGAGGUAGUUAGGUCUUCCUCCUAAGUCUGAGUUUGCACAGCUGUUUCCUAUUGUGUGGUGUCAUGUUUAUUUGUCUUGAAAGAUCAAAAACCCACUGCUGUAAACUUUAACCAGGCACAACAUAAGUUAUGCUACAAGUGUGGUUUGUAGCUUUUUUUUAGAUUGUAUAAGCUGUUUUGUACUUGACAGUAAGCAAAAAAUGACAUGGCUUCAAUACUGUAUCUGUAUAAACUUACUGAUGAUACUGAAUUAACUAUAUUGUUCUGUAGAGAAUGAAAAUAAAUUAUACAAUGUGCUUCACAGUAAUAAAUGUCUUAAGACAAUGUAUAAAAAAUUUUAGAAG